AUCCUUUCCAUCACUCACUUCCUGCUUUCUCUAGAUUCCCCGAGAUGGAUUCAGCUCCUCCUCUUCUUCCCUCUCUAUCUUCUUCAGAUACAGAGGAAGAAAAUGUUAACCAAGAAUUCGAUCACCGGUAUGCAGGGGAUCUAAACCGGCCCGAUCUUCCCUUGUCCGGUGGGGACGCUUCAACGGUCGGUGAUGAACAACGCGUGUCCUGCUUCGCUGUGGUUAUCAUUUUCUGGUUCUUUGUGUCGAUGGCAAUGAUUGUUGGUGUUUACGGACCAAGAAAUGUCUGUAUUGGACCCAACUCUUCUGUCCUCAUUGAACCAAACACCAUUUUUGUCAAAAGCAUAAAGGUGAAAGAGUUAGAUGAUUUAAAAUCUGGACUAGAGUUAUUUGGGUUCUAUACAUCUCCUCCUCUUGAUGUUGUAGUGAAUUGGUCAGAGUCCCGCUUGGUUUCUGUCUCACAUAACUCUUACAAGGAAUGGCCAUACUAUCUGAACCAAGGAGCUUCGUUGAGUAUUUCAUAUAAUGUUAAACCGGAAGGCCGUUCAGCUCGGCUUGUGGUCGAUGAAGGAACGGCCUCUUAUCAGUUGUUGGAGAAACAUGCAUCUCAGGACACAGCUCUCUCAUGGAAUCUGAUUCAAGGUAGUGGUAUGAUUGAUGUGAAGAUAAGUAAGUCUUCAAGUUAUUAUGUUGCUGUGGCUAACUCCAACAUGAAGGACGUAGAGGUAGUGGAACUGGAUAUUGGUGUCAAGGCUAUCUUGUAUGAUACUAAACAAUCAUUCUACAAGUGUACAUUCAGCAACGGGGAGUGCACAUUCAAUACAAUGUCUCUUUUUGGAAAUUCUAUUGUCUUAACUUCACCAGCACCGAGGCAGAAAACAUCAGUUAAAGAAGAAGAUGAAGAAGAAUGGUAUAUCAGGUUCUCAUAUCAACCAAGAUGGACUUCAUAUGUAAUCGGCACAGGGUUAGUGACUUGCUUCAUGCUGGUAGCUAUACAACUCUGGAAAAGGUUACAGUGUAAUGGUGAAGAGAGAGAUCAAACAGAAAAUGAUUCAGCGAGUACACGCUUACUUAUAAACAAAGAUGAAGAUGGUUCAAGCAUGGGCUCGUCUAAUGAAUCUUUUGCAGCAGAUGAUGCUGACCUUGAAGACUUUAUUGGUAAUGAGGGUGAAGCAAGUAAUAGCAGUAGACGUCUCUGUGCCAUUUGUUUUGAUGCUAAACGAGAUUGUUUUUUCCUCCCCUGUGGCCAUUGCGUCUCUUGUUAUCAAUGCGGAACCAAGAUAGCAGAAGCUAGUGGGAGUUGUCCGGUCUGUAGAAGGAAGAUGAAGAAGGUGAAGCGAAUUUAUACAGUAUAAGAUGUAAUGUUUAAGAUAUUGCUAGGCAACAAUUAUGCAUUUUUAUAAUGAUUAUUAUUAGUGUCUACAUGGAACAGCGCAUUAGGCAAUUUUUUAAUCGUCUAGAAAAAUCCUUUCAUUUAGAGCAUGACCACCGGAAUGUCUUGAGAAG